GUGAGCCAUAACGCUGAGGUACCUCACAGCAGACGGGCGCAUUGCUCAAGCCUAGCGGGAUACGGUGUGACUUUGAUAGCACGUUAAUUACUCAUGUGAUGUGAUACAGAUGUCUGGGGGCUUCAACCGAAAGUUUGCCUGACACUUUCUGAGGGGGCCAGGCAGACUUUUCUUUUUUUGAAAGCGUGACAUAUUGGGACAGCAUUUCAAUCAGCGAAAUCAAAGCGCAGAAUGUGCUCCAUAAUGGGCAUCCCAGCUGUGCAUAUGUUGGUGCUAAUGGCCUGUAUGGCAGCCAGAGGAAUGUGCCAGAUAAACAGCAGUGAAGCAGAGGAUGAUGUUCGCACAGGGUUUCUUCUCCACUCCACCCUCCAAUCUCCUGGUUUCCACAGCACUGGGAGUCCCACUGUGGGGCCCGGCCCCACUGGCGUCCAUCUGGAAGCUCAUGUGAGGGCUUUGAGUACCGGAUCUGGUUCUGCAAAUCAAACCAUCAUAAAAAGGCCGCUACGCCCUCCGCCGUGCAUCGAACAAAUCUCUAUUCAAAACUAUUUUAAGUACAUCAACACGGUUAUCGCCAUUAUAGUCUUUGUAGUGGGCCUGGUCGGCAACGCCACUCUGCUGAGGAUUAUAUACCAGCACAAGUCCAUGAGGAACGGGCCGAACGCCCUCAUUGCUAGUCUGGCUCUGGGGGACCUAAUCUACAUCAUCAUUGCUAUACCCAUCCAUAUCUACAAGCUCCUGGCUUCCGAGUUUCCAUUUGUAGACACGGUUUUUGGCCUGUGGCUCUGUAAGAUGGUGCCUUUCCUACAGAAGGCCUCCGUGGGCAUUACUGUUCUCAACCUGUGUGCCCUCAGCGUUGACAGGUACAGAGCUGUGGCGUCGUGGAGCAGAGUGCAGGGAGUGGGCAUCCCUCUCUUCACCAUCAUUGAGAUUGUGUCCAUAUGGGUGCUGUCACUCAUCCUCGCUAUUCCAGAGGCAGUUGUGUUUGACAUCAUCAGCUCCGACUACAUGAAUGUAACCAGGAACAUCUGCAUGAUUAAUGCCAAGUCUGACCUCAUGUUGUUCUAUCAGAAUGUAAAGGACUGGUGGCUCUUUGGCUUCUAUUUUUGCAUGCCGCUGACAUGUACGGCUAUUUUUUAUACUCUGAUGACCAGUGAGAUGCUGAACCACAGGAACGGCAGCCUUCGGAUCGCCCUCAGCGAGCACCUCAAACAGAGGAGGGAGGUGGCCAAAGCGGUCUUUUGUCUUGUCCUCAUCUUUGCGCUCUGCUGGUUUCCGCUGCACCUCAGCAGGAUUCUAAAGAAGAUGAUUUACUCCCAGAACGAUGCGUCACGCUGCGACCUGCUCAGCUUCCUGCUGGUUUUAGAUUAUUUUGGUAUUAACCUUGCAACCGUCAACUCCUGCAUAAACCCAAUAAUCCUCUACUUUGUCAGCAAGAAGUUCAAGAACUGCUUCAAGUCAUGUUUGUGUUGCUGGUGUUACUCUGACAGCCAGCAGAGCAGCAUCGGACCCAUGAACGGCACCAGCAUCCAGUGUAAAAGCCCCGAGCCCAACAACCAAGUCAGCCCUGAACGCAACGCCAAAAAAGACAGAUUGCUUACCUGUGGGAUAUUUCCAAACUCUUCAAAUUGCCCACAAGGCAUUUAGGAUACAACCAGAUCUCAUCACAGAAUAUAUACAUUUUAAAAAAGCACCUUUUUUUCCAGACGUUCAAAACAGAUCCUUGAGACCACAGCAACUACAAGCAGACCAGAAACAGGAGUGGAAAAGAACACAUUAGAGCUGGUUGACAACACCGUGCAAUUGUCCAGUGUCUCAGCUGGCAACAUGUCUUCAAACUAACUGUUUGAAGCCAACUGUUCACGGACAAUGAAGCUGACACAUGGGCGAACAAGGGUGUGAUGAGGACAGAACUAAAGUAAUGUCUCUCAACCAGUCGCAGAGCCAUUAUUCCUGUUAAAAGGCAGCACAUCUGGGAAGGAUGUACAAGCUUCAGGAUGGAACAAGCAGACUGUUCGAUGGAAAGACUAUAUAUUGUCCUCCAGAGUUUUCAACUCCGACGGUAAAAACAGGAAAGCAUGUUACCGACUCAAACACCCAAGUGAUUGUACAGUGUAUUUUACACAUUAUUCAUUUGGAUACUUUAUGGUGUUUCAAUGUUCUUUUAUUUGAUCUUUGAUCCUUAUCCAGAUUUGCACGAAAUUUCAUUUAUUGGUUGUUUGUCACAUGUAGGACAGACAGGUUUCUGCAGGACUGUGUUUGUUUUUGACAAAUUCCUUAAAACAUUUGGUUAAAUGUCCAAUCUUGCUAUGUGAAA